AUGGCGUCCGCUGUAUCUUCAAUAAGCGAUGUAUUAGAAGGAAAAUUAUCUGAUGACUUGAGUAAUUUUCUAAGUGAAACUUUUAAUGAGACUUCGAUAAAGAAAGAAAAAUUAAUUGUAGCCGAUCCAAAACUUGGCACUACUAUCAGUAAAAAACUCGGAAUUCAAGUUCUAUCUGAAAAAAUUGUUGUUGAUUUAUAUCGUGGAAUUCGUCAACAUCUUGACUCGUUGAUUACUGGCAUGAAUUCUGAAGAUAUAUCUUCUAUGGCAUUGGGUCUUUCGCAUUCUUUAUCUCGUCAUAAACUUAAAUUUUCUCCAGAUAAAGUAGAUACCAUGAUUAUUCAAGCCAUAGGAUUACUUGAUGAUUUGGAUAAGGAAUUAAAUACUUAUGCUAUGAGAGUUAAAGAAUGGUAUGGAAGUCAAAGAAGCAGCAUGAUAUCAAUGGGAACUGAAAUUUCUGAUGAAGAUAUUAAUAAUAUUAUAAUGGGUUGUGAUCAAGUAAUAAGUUUAACUGUCUACCGUACAGAACUUUACGAUUAUCUAAAAAGUCGCAUGAUGGCAAUUGCUCCUAAUUUAACUACUAUUGUUGGAGAGUUAGUUGGUGCUAGAUUGAUUUCACACGCUGGAAGUUUAUUAAACCUUGCAAAACAUCCAUCAAGUACUGUUCAAAUUUUGGGUGCUGAAAAGGCUCUGUUCAGAGCUUUGAAAACAAAAAAUGCUACUCCGAAAUAUGGUCUUAUAUAUCAUGCGAGUUUGGUUGGUCAAGCUAGUCCUAAAAACAAAGGAAAAGUUGCACGUCUGGUUGCGUCAAAAUCUUCACUAGCUACUCGCUUUGACGCAAUAGCUGAUGAAAAGGAUUUGAUGGCAGAAAUGGGUCAUAACUGUCGUAAAAUAAUUGAAACACGAUUAAGAAUUUUAGAGAAGGGGGGUACUGGUGCAAAGAUUACUGAUAAAUCUGAUAAACAGAAAAAACAAACAAAGUUUGAACUUAUUUCAACGAAACCGUUAUAUAAUCCUUAUGCCGACAUUGCAAAUGAACCUGUGGAAGCGGGGCCAUCUGGUACAAAAGCAGAAGAAUCUGAAGAUAGUGAUGAUAGCCAAAUGGAUGUCGAAUCUGAAGAUUCAGACAAUGAGCCUCAAUCUAAAUCUGAAGGGAAGAAACCAGUUAAAAAGCAAGAAAUCAAAGCUUCAAGCCAAGGUCAGGUAGCAAUGGAAAUUGAACAAACUGAAGAAUCCGUUUCAAGUAAAAAGAAAGAAAAGAAAAAGAAAGCUUCCGAAAAACAAGCAUCUGAGAUUGAAACAACUGAAGAAUCUGUUUCAAGUAAAAAGAAAGAAAAGAAAAAGAAAACUUCCGAAAAACGAGCAGAAGUUGAAACCCAUGACAUAACUGAGGAAUCUGUUUCAAAGAAAAAGAAAAAGAAAGCUUCCGAAAAACAAGUAGAGGUUGAAACCCCUGAC